AUGCUCUGUCGAUCAUGGGCUACAACCUAUUUGACGACUCAAAUCUUGUGCAUUGCCUCGGUGCUUCUGGUCGUCGCUGUGAACCUUCUUUUGGCACGCAUCCUCAACGGUCUUGUCGCUAUGGAGAAGCACCACACGCAGUCCAGCCUUGUAGUUUCUCGGGUCACCAAAGUCUUUUUGGCGCAGUUUUGCAACACGGCACUGCUCAUGCUCGCUAUCAACGCCAACGCCAACUACUUCUCGUCGUCACCGACUGUACCGGAGACGAGUAUUAGCACCGGAGGUUUCUCGCUUGGUUCGCUGCAGGUUUUGAACGGAGAGUACUCGGACUUUUCAGCUGACUGGUACAACGACGUCGGUGUAGCGCUGAUGCUCACCAUGAUCAUCAACUCGUUCAGCACACACGCGCGCGACCUUGAAGCGCUAUACCGGGGACCAGAAUUCGACCUGGCAGCGCGCUACGCACAGUCGCUUACCUCAAUAUUCAUCUCGUAUAUGUUCUCAGCAGGCAUGCCGCUGCUCCAUUUCAUCGGAUUCGGGACUAUGAUCAUGACGUAUUGGGCCGACAAAUUCAGGUCGCUUCUCCCGUACGCCGUGCUGAUGCAUUGCCUUGUGGCUAUGUGGAUGUUCUCGAACGACCGAAUCUUCGAGUAUGAAAGUGACAGGCAAUUCCAACUCCGUGUCUGCAGGAGAAAUUGGCGGCUACGGGUGGCGCGCAACAACUACUGCGGCCCGACCUCCGAGCGAGAUACGAGCGCGCUCUUGCGGGUCGUAUCGCACAAGAAGAGUCGCUGCCGAAGGUGCGCUCCAAGCGCUCGAUGUCCCUGA